GAAGCGGAAUCGCGCGCGCCCCACGUGACCGCGGGCGGUGUGUCACGGCGGGGCGGGGCGGCCCGCGCGGCCGGCACGUGACCGGCGGGGCGGGCGGCGAUGGCGGAGCCGGGCGCGGGCCGCGAGCUGGUGGCGGAGCUGCGGGGCCGCGACGGGCGGACGCGGACGGUGCGGGUGCCGUACCCGGCGGCGGAGGGCGAGGCCGCGCAGCUGCGCGGGCUGCGGGGGGCGCUGAGCGAGCUGCAGGAGCGGGUGGCGGAGCUGCUGGCGCCGCUGGUGCAGGAGGAGCGGGCGGCGGCGGGCGGCGCGCGGCGCGGUGCUGGCGGGGAUGACGACGACGACUACGAUGAUGACGAGGAGGAGGAGGAUGCAGGCGAAGAGGAAAACAACGUGGACGCGGCGGCGAGCGGCGAUGACCCUCCCGUGAAGCGGACGAAGGUGCAGCAGCCGUGAGGGCGGCUGUGGCGGCUGUGAGUGUCCCGGGCCCGCUGCUCGGACCGGCUCUGCGGCGCUGCUGCUCCCGUUUACGUGCCAAAUGCCCAUCCCGACACUGGUCUAACACGGAAACCUUUCCGAAAGGAUGCGCCUGGGUGGGAGCAGCGGGCUGCUUGUAGCGUGACGGUGUUGUGCUGGCACCAGUUCUUUGGUAAACUAGUUGGCAAGUAUAGACUUUUCUCACAAAUCUUCUGAUGGGUGUGUUUUUUAAUAAGUUAUUCUGAGUCACAGUAAUUCUUCAUGUGACACCAUUUUUAAAAUAAAGCAGUAAAACCUCAAAAAAGUUAUUUUGUCAAAUGUUGUCUUUAAAAGUACAAGACAGCUUGUGUUUGUAUGGAGAAGAAGCAAUAUAAGAUCACUAUAAGUAUCAAAAUUAACAAGCAUGUAUAAGACUGGGCCCCUUCUGUACAAUCUUACAGUGGAAGAUUAUUUUUGCCUAUCAUUGACAAGGUUUAGUCACCUCUCAAUCAAGAAGCUUCUGUAAACAGGUAUAAAACUCUUGAUAGUCACUCCAUA